CCCCACGGGGGUUUAUUUGAUCUCACACUCAACCCAGGAGGAGAAUGUGAGAAAAGGGGGAAAAUGCCCAGGAGGAAGCAGGAGCAACCCAAGCGCCUUCCUUCACAUGUUAGUAGGCAGGACGAGGCGGAGGGCGAACUCAGCGAGGGAGAGCCGUGGUAUGGUAACUCCUCGGAGACCCCAUCGGAAGCAUCCUAUGGCGAAGUCCAGGAGAACUACAAGCUGUCGCUGGAGGACCGGAUCCAGGAGCAGUCCACGUCCCCGGACACCUCCCUGGGCAGCACCACGCCCAGCAGCCACACUUUGGAGCUGGUGGCCCUGGACGGUGAGGUCCUGCGAGACUCUCUGCAGUGUCAGGACCACCUGUCUCCCAGUGUGUCUUCUCUGUGCGACGACGACCCUCCAGGCUCCAACAAGCCCCUGAGCAGUAACUUGAGGCGGCUGCUGGAGGCCGGUUCCCUCAAACUUGACGGCACGGCUGCUACGGCCAAUGGCAGGGUGGAGUCGCCAGUCACUGUGGGCUCGAACCUGUCCUUUUCCCCACCGUCUCACCACGCUCAGCAGCUCAGUGUUCUGGCCCGGAAGCUGGCCGAGAAGCAGGAACCCAACGACCAAUACACUCCAAGUAACCGUUUUCUGUGGAGCCAAGGUAAGUGGUUGCCCAACUCAACCACCACCUGCAGCCUGUCCCCGGAUUCCGCCAUCCUCAAACUGAAAGCUGCAGCCAAUGCCGUUCUGCAGGACAAGUCUCUCACCAGGACCGAGGAGACCGUGCGAUUUGAGUCCUUUUCCUCCCCUUUUAGCGCCCAGUCGGCCAGUUCCACGCUGGCUGCUUUAUCCAAGAAAGUCAGUGAGAGAAGCUUGACUUCCGGGCAAGAGCAUCUCCCUCCGGCCAGCUCCUUCCUCUCCCUGGCAUCCAUGACCUCCUCGGCAGCCCUUCUGAAAGAGGUGGCAGCUAGGGCCGCGGGCAGCCUGCUGGCCGAGAAAGCAUCCCUGGUGCCUGAGGACCCUCUGCCGCCACCGCCUUCAGAGAAGCCAGAGAAAGUCACGCCGCCACCUCCACCGCCGCCUCCACCGCCGCCGCCACAGUCCCUGGAAUUACUGUUACUCCCCGUCCCUAAGGGAAGAGUUUCCAAACCCUCCAACUCAGCCUCAGAAGAGGAGAGCGGGAAGCCCUUCCAGUGUCCCAUCUGUGGCCUAGUGAUCAAGAGGAAGAGCUAUUGGAAGCGGCAUAUGGUGAUCCACACAGGUCUCAAAAGCCAUCAGUGUCCACUGUGCCCAUUCCGCUGUGCUCGCAAGGACAAUCUCAAAUCCCACAUGAAGGUUCAUCAGCACCAGGACCGGGGAGAGACUUUCCAGUGCCAGCUCUGCCCUUUCACGUCCUCCCGCCACUUCAGCCUCAAACUCCACAUGCGCUGCCAUCAGCACUUCUUGAGGACAGAAGCCAAGGUGAAGGAGGAGAUCCCAGACCCAGAUGUCAAGGGGUCGCCCCACCUCAGUGACAGUGCCUGCCUAGGGCAGCAGAGGGAAGGAGCAGGGACAGAGCUAGUAGGGACCAUGAUGACGGCCAGCACGCCAGAGAGGACUAGCCAGGGUGGGGCUGGCGUCUCGCCUGUGCUGGUGAAGGAGGAGCCCAAGGAAGAUAACGGCCUGCCCGCCUCCUUUCCUCUGACCGCUGCCGACAGGCCAGCCAACCACACAAAGCUGAGAGAGCCCCCGGAGUGUGUGGGCAACAGUGCGUCAGCAUUGUUCAGCCAGGACAUCUCUGUUAAGAUGGCGUCUGAUUUUCUCAUGAAGCUGUCAGCUGCAAAUCAGAAGGAGCCCAUGAAUUUUCAUUUUCAAGUGAAAGAGGAGCCCAAGGAAGACGAGACCCUCAGUACCACUUUGCCUCGACCCAGUUAUGUGUUUAGUCCAGAGUCAGAUGUUCCAGCCCCCAGCCUUGCUGAGGAGACAACACUGAAGACUGAGGAUGGAAAAGGGAAUGUGCUAAGGCGGGAUAUGUCAGUCAAAGCAGCAUCAGAACUUCUCAUGAAACUAUCAGCGGAAAGCUUCAAGGAGACGCAGAUGGUGAGGAUUAAAGAGGAGCCCAUGGAGGUUGACAUCCAGGACUCAUACGUCUCCGUCUCCCCCAGCCGGAAUGUUGGCUACAGCACUUUAGUCGGGCGCGAGAAAACCGAGCCCCUACAGAAGAUGCCAGAGGGCCGAGUGCCUCCAGAGAGAAGCCUCUUCAGCCAGGACAUAUCGGUCAAGAUGGCCUCAGAACUGCUCUUCCAGCUGUCAGAAAAAGUGAGCAAAGAACACAAUCACACGAAAGAAAACACCAUCCGGACCACUACCAGCCCUUUCUUUUCAGAAGAUACGUUUAGACAAUCACCGUUCACCUCCAAUUCAAAAGAUCUGCUGCCCAGUGAACCUCUUCUCCCAGGAAGAGUAUCAGCUCCAGAAACAGAGAAGAUUGUGCUAGAGGCUGGGAAUGGGUUGCCAUCUUGGAAAUUCAACGACCAGCUCUUCCCCUGCGACGUGUGUGGGAAAGUGUUUGGCCGACAGCAGACACUAUCCCGGCAUCUCUCACUGCACACAGAGGAAAGAAAAUAUAAAUGCCACUUGUGCCCGUAUGCUGCUAAGUGCCGUGCGAACCUGAAUCAGCACCUGACUGUACACUCAGUGAAGCUGGUGAGCACGGACGCCGAGGACAUAGUCAGUGCCGUUACCUCCGAAGGCGGGGAUGGGAAGAAGCACCCCUAUUACUACAGCUGCCAUGUGUGUGGCUUUGAGACAGAGCUCAACAUGCAGUUCGUCAGCCACAUGUCACUGCACGUGGAUAAGGAGCAGUGGAUGUUCUCCAUCUGCUGCACGGCCUGCGACUUCGUCACCAUGGAGGAAGCCGAGAUCAAGGCCCACAUUGGUACCAAGCACACAGGGGAAGACAGAAAAACCCCUAGUGAAUCCAACAGCCCCUCUUCCUCCUCCCUCUCGGCACUGAGUGAUUCCGCCAACAGUAAAGACGAUUCUGACAGCUCCCAGAAGAACAAGAGUGCAAACAACCUGCUGGUCAUCUCGGUGGUGCCCGGGAGCCAGUCUUCCCUCAACAGUGAGGAGAAGCCAGAUAAAGGGUUCGAAUGCGUGUUUUGCAACUUUGUCUGCAAGACGAAGAACAUGUUUGAGCGCCACCUGCAGAUUCACCUCAUCACCCGGAUGUUCGAGUGUGACGUGUGCCACAAGUUCAUGAAGACCCCUGAGCAGCUGCUGGAGCAUAAGAAAUGCCACACUGUCCCCACGGGUGGGCUCAAGUGCCCGUUCUGCAUUUACUCCACCAAUCGCCCCGCCGCCAUGGAGUGCCACCUCAAGACCCACUACAAGCUGGAGUACAAAUGCCGCAUCUGCCAGACGGUGAAGGCCAACCAGCUGGAGCUGGAGACACACACACGGGCGCACCGCCUGGGCAACCACUACAAGUGCGACCAGUGCGGCUACCUGUCCAAGACGGCCAACAAGCUCAUCGAGCAUGUGCGGGUGCACACGGGGGAACGGCCCUUCCACUGUGACCAGUGCAGCUACAGCUGCAAGCGCAAGGACAAUCUCAACCUGCACAAGAAGCUGAAGCACGCGCCCCGCCAGACCUUCAGCUGCGCCGAGUGCCUGUUCAAGACCACCCACCCUUUCGUCUUCAGCCGCCACGUCAAGAAGCACCAGAGCGGGGCCACUGCCACCGACGAGGACAACAGCAGCAACAGCAACAACAUCCACAACAAGAAGGGCCCCUCCGGGGGCACGGUGGCGCCCCGCCAGCCCACCGGCCCCGGCGCCCCGCUGCUCGUGGUGGGCCGCGCCCGGAACCUCUUGUCCCCGCUGUCGGUCAUGUCAGCGUCGCAGGCGCUGCAGACUGUGGCCUUGACUGCUGCGCACAGCAGCGCCUCGGAACCCAACCUGGCGCUCAAGGCGCUGACUUUCAGCGGCUCUCCCUUGCGCUCGGACAAGUACCGGAACUCGGAUUUCGCCCACCUCAUUCCCUUGACCACGUUGUACCCCAAGAACCACUUGGAUCUCACAUUCCACCCACCGCGCCCGCAGACUGCGCCCCCCAGUAUCCCGUCCCCCAAACACUCCUUCCUUGCCUAUCUGGGACUGAGAGAAAGAGCAGGAACUGUCUGAGAGGCAGCGAUGCUCUGUACCAAAAAAAAAUUGUGUGUUUUUUUUUAAACCAGAGGGGCACAGAGACACAGACAUGAACCCCACCCAUGAGACCCGCGCGUGCCGAACCCCAGCAGGUGCAUUUGUUGCUGCAAAACCCAAGUCCUGCCCCACCCUGCGGGCCUGGACAUGUGACCUCGGCCCUGAGUAUGGGCCGGGGGUCAGCUCGGUGUCCGCCUAUUGCAUUGACCUGAAAGCUGCUUUUGUCCCAUCUGCAGAGGUGACCCGCUGCGUCCUCCUCCCUCUCGAGGCAUGCGCCCCCUUUGAACCCCUAGGCCCUUCUCCCUACUUCUCUCGCCACGGAAUCUGCCUCCAAAGAGAGGGUCCUUGGUAACAUUCAGCACUUAGGAAGCAUUUUGUUUCCAGUGGGGCUGAGAGGGGUAUGUAGGUGAUGGAAGGGAGUGCUCCAUGUCAGGCGAUGCAUGAUCUUUGUCCUGGUAACAGUGGCCAAUGAGCCUUCUCCCUUGCAGUGGUGGAAGAUGUUCACCAGCCACAACUGUGUCUGAACAGCGACACCACCAUCCCCCCACUGUUCUGGCCUGAACUGGGGUGCUGUGUGAUCCGGGGCUGCCCCAGACUCCCCCAAGAGGCAGGGCGAGCUGACUGGCUACUCCAAUUUGCACCACCAGAGCCUGACCUGGGAGAAAUCUCUCGCAGCCCUGUAGCAAACAUCCCCAAAACUAAGCGUGUAGUUCUGCGUGUUUUUCCAUACGCAUGCAAUGCCUAUGGUAUACACCAGAAUGCACCAUUCUUAAGGGCAGGUGAUAUAGCUCUGGACAUACAUCUCACACACACACACAAACACACACACAGUGUAUCAAUUCAGUGGUUACCAUUUUGUUUUCAGGAAUAAAAUAACUAAUUGUAUGAGUGAAAAAAUUUUUUAUGCUUGAGAAGUCCAGCCAAGGAGAUUAAAAGGGGUUUGGCUACAUUCUGGGUAUAAAUUGCUCAGACUAAAAAAAAAAAGGCGGUUUUGCACAGUGCUUUGGUCUUGCACUACUUUCUGUUUCUCAUCUGCAAAAAAGAAAAAAAAAAGAAAAAAAAGUAAAAUUAACGGAAAUGUACCUUUUCUAUGAAAUGAGUAGACUGUAUGUUUGCAAAUGUAGUCACAAACUCUUUGACAUUUAACGACCAACACAAGGUGCUGUUUUGUCCAACGCUUCAGUUUCUCCCGUUGUGUUUGCAGUGUCUUUCCACCUCGGUUUUUGCUCUGUGUUAGGCAGAAUUCUGCGUUCCACUUCGUUAACGCCUGGUAGAUAUAACCUGCUAGGAGGCUAACUUUAUACUUAUUUAAAGCUCUUCUUCUGUGGUCAUUAAAAUGGCAAUUUCUUGUGCAGCACUUUAUUGCAGCAAGCAGGAGGUAUGGCUUGGUCACGCAGCUCUUUGCCGAUCUUACCAUGGGAUGGUGGUGGGGAUGAGAGGAAAGGAACUGAAGUUUGGGCGAACUGUGUUCAUUGCUGGUAUUUGUAAGACAACGGAAUUUCCCGUGUGAAACAGGUCCAAAGAGCAGGAAGAAGUGUGCUUUGUAUUAUAAUGGGACAUUUGGGGGUAUCAACAUUUUUAUAUUAUUUAUCUCUGGGAGAACUGGUGUCAGGAGCAAAGCUUUCUUAUUGCCAUGCUAUUUCCCAGACCAAAUUACUCGAGAGAAUUGGGUUUGUUUGUUUCCAUCUGUCUCACUGAGAGGACAAGCAAAGCGUCCCUCCUUUUCUUCCUUUCAUCACAGUUUUUUCUUCGCUGAAAGUCUCCUCCAGAUUGGUGCAGUUGUACAGGAAUUCCCCAAGACUGUGCUGCCCAUCCAUCUGUCCACAUCAAGCUCCCACUUCACCUGCUUUUCUUCUCCCAGACCUAGCGGGUGACAUGCUUCCCUCCACCAGCCGGCUGGCCCUGGCAAACCUGUUUACACUCAGGCAGUGCCCCAGGGAUAGGGAGGCUGAGCUGCUGGAAUGAGAUUCCCAAGCCCUCACUCACUCUCCAGCUGAGACUUGUGUUGUUGACCCAAACACCCUUGGACCUGGCCAGGCCAAUGUCCCAGUCCCAGACACUCCAACCAGUCACGACACUAUCACACUCCAAGAAUCCCAGUUCCUGGGUGGCUGAUAUUUCUCUCUCUACUCUUUUUUUUUUUUUUUUUUUUUAAUUCUCCUGAAGUUGUAUUUUUGUCUCCAUAGAAUGGAAAAAAGUGCCACUUGGCUCCUCUGUGCUCUCAAAAAUACAAGUCCAGUGCUGAAAGCAAAGAGGGCCAGAGUGAACCCCUCUUUCCUCCGCCAGAGGCCAACAGGAAAGACCAUAGGGGUGUGAUGACCAGCAGGCAAAAAUCCUGCUCCUUAGGGCAAUGGACUUGACCUUGAUGGCAGACUUGACCUUGACGGCGCAGCAUCUGUGCAAUAACCAGGCUCUAGAUGGAGAGGGGAAGGCGGGGGCUCUGUCCUGCACAGACACCUUCACGCAUUUCACUGCUUAAUGUAAUUGGGCAAAUCUAGCAGCACUUUGGAAAGAGUCAUCGAUCUUUCUGGUAAAUUAUAAGAUGUUUUCUGAGUGAGAAAAGGUGUGCUUGGAGUUUGUUUGACUUUUUUAUAUUAUUAUUGUUAUUAAUAAAGGAAAAAAUCGACGGCAUUUUUUUUUGUUUUUGUUGUUCAGACUCCACCAAGAUAAACUAUGUACUAUCCCCCGAAUCUGGUUUGCAGUUGUAUACUCAGGGAAGGAUUAUUCCAUAGCUAUCCUUUCCGUGGGAAACACUAAUGUCUUCAAGGAACUUCACCGGCCAACUCACUUGGGUUCUGUUCUCACUAUGCAUUCUUUCUUCGAGGAAAGCGGGCUUCUUUUGCCAUGUAGCGAUGCAGUUCUCUUUCUCCGCACUUUCCUCCUCGCUCUCCUUUUUUAACUCUUCAUAUUUUGUUCCGAGGAUCAUACUGUCAAGGUUUGUGUACAUUACUGAAAAUUUGUAUUGUAUAAAGCUUUUUGCAUUACAAGGCUGUACAGGGUCAUUUUGACAGUAACUGCAUCUUAUGUCGCAUUGCCAAUUUCUAGUGUAUCCAGUUUGGAAGUAUAAUAUACUCUAAUUAAAAAAAACAAAAAGGUUGGCUA